AUGACCAUUUCGCAGACCACCUCACCGUACGGCACGCGCUCUCGCUCCGUACUGGACGGGUCGAUGGACGGUGUAGUGAGAAGCAGCCAGCGACAUAGUGAGCCACUGAGUGAACAGAGCGAUGUGUCACAUGUUGAAGAGGAAGAUUGCAUCCAAGUCGGAUCGGCGAGCCUACCUAAUGUUAUCAAGAACGCUGCCGAUCACCGCAUGCAAGCGCUCCAGGACUUGCGAGCGCUCUGGCACAGGAACGUGUUAGAGGGUGAUGGCGGAACUCAGUCUUCCCUUGAUGAGGAGCUCGCCAGCAGCACUGAUCCAGGAACGCUUGACGCUCUCUCGUCACAUAUCAAGACCGGAAUGGGCUCACACUGUCUCAACCAUGCCAAACAACUCGCUACAUCGCCUUACAACCUCAGCAUCUUCCGAUUGUUUGCCCUAUUCGGCCACGACGGGGUCAAGAGCAAAUGGUUUCUUCAAGCACUGCGCGACUACAUCCCCUACCAACCAGAUUUCGCCAUCGCCUUUACAACAUUCCACGAUCAAAAGAGAGAGCGGCAGGCGGGGAAGACGAAGCUACCUGGUGUGGAUCGGAAGGCCGAGUGGGUGCUUUCAGACAUUACUCAAGCGGCGAAGAAGAUGGGGUACAAGCUGCCUCAGCGUCGAGGAAGGCCGGCUAAGAACAAGCGGAAAGACGAUGUUUCCAGUCGACCAUCCAUGUCGAGUACUCAACAAGCAGGUGUGUCGUCAGCGACGGGUCCAUCACUGCCGCAGGACGGGGUUGCUUCAAACCAGCAGCUUGCACGUGACAGCGGAGAGAGCCAGGCGCAGGCAACCCCUGUCAACGACCCGCCCCAGAACUCGCACCCAGCCGCAUCGCUUCACUCGACAUCCUCCCCUCCAUCGAAAUCGUCACUUCAUGCGGCGGCUUCACUUCACCCGGCGACUUCACUUCACCCAAACCCAAAUCGCUCCUGCCUCACCUCACCCGAUCCGCCGGCAGCAAACAACUUUACCCCGCAAAACCUGCACCUCCCCGCUAGCAACAACAGACUUCCUGACACUAACAACACCGGCGACGAACAACGUGCGGGCACCCUGCCACCUCUGCACUCGGAUGACAGCAGCAGCGACAGCACCGGCAACACGGAAGAAAGCGACGGCGACAACGACACCGAUCAGCAGAUUCCCGAUCCCAGCCACCUCCUGUCCUUUUUCCGCAACAACACGCCGCCACCCAGCCGGCUCGAGACCAACGUCAGGCGGGCUCGCCACACCAAAAGCUCACCCGCGCAACAGCCGCACCCGGAUGCUCAGAUAGUCGGCAGCAUGAGGGACAAGCGCAAGUCCGUCUCGUCAAAGGGAACGCCGAGCAAACGGCAGCGCCGGCCAUCUUCCAUCGCUGCGACCCUUGAGAACUCAUGGCUUGAUGUGCUGCAACCUUCAUCCCUCGCCACCGGCAUAACUUGUCACGCUCUUCAAGAUGGGUACUGGUGGACAGACUCCUCGAUUGCCCCCGUUACGCCACCAGGUGAGACUGCCAAGCUGGUCAAGUUGGGCAACUUCAUCUCCGUUGGCACAUUCUCUGGCCCAGAACACUCGCCCGACGAAACGAAGAACCCUACCAAAUGCAAGAUGCGCGGAUUUGCUAGCCUGCAGAUCAGCAACAUGGCGAUUACAGUCUUUGGACUUGCUGAUGCCGACUGCGAUGUGGCUGAACAAACGAUGCAGGCGUUGAUCCAGCGGCCAGGCAUACAAGAGCUCUUUCAGGACAAGAACACGCACACCACCUCACGUUGCACUUUUCCCGCACCCAACACCACAGACCAGUCGCACCUCUUCAUUGCAGUCAUGAUGGGAUUGGCUAUGAAUGGCUGUCAGCCUACGUCGACCCCAUUCGUGGGCGCAUGGGAGUACUGCAUUCGAAUCUGUGUGGAUCUUUGCGCCAGCGAAAACCUCGAGCUUGAGACCGAAGAAGACAUCACCUCGCUGUUCGAUGAUCAAGACUUUGAAGAUCCCCCGCAGGUGGAACCACAAGACUUGGCCAACUCCACUUUCGAAGUCCUCCAGGCCGAUCUCCAACGACACAAAGAGCUCGUCAGAGGCCAAAUCGCACAUAUCACCCAGGUCGCUGAUCAAUUGCAGCAUAUUCGCAGUUUCCUUGUCACUGUUCGGAGUCGGAUCUCAGAUCAGUCGACGUACGUGACUCGGCUCAAGGCUGCCAUUUCCAGCAUCCGCGACGUGCAGAACCACGAUCCUUCUCAGCCAACGCCAGAUCUGGUCAUAACCUUCGAGUCGCGGCUUCGAGAUCUGGAGCUUACCGAGAGGAAGACUGCUAUUUUGGAGAAACUCGCCGGGCAAAUGAAGAGUGACUUGGUGGUCUGUUCGGAGAAGAAGCAACGCAUACGCGAGACGGCUAAGUCUUUGUUUCAAGCGAAAGCAGACCAGUACGAAAGCACUGCCAAGGCCAUGCGAGAUCGUGCUUCCUUGCUUGAGCAGGAAGCGAAUGGGAUGCGGGGAAUGGUCGACCUCGACUGA